AGAGGAGGGUGAGUAGAGUUUUUUCUGUUGAUAACCGAUCAGUCAUAAUCGGUUUCACGGUUUUUCUUUCAAUUUCUAAAUCCAUUCUUUGAAAAGGAAAAUUAUAAAAAUAAGAAUCCGCCAAACAAGACGAAGAGAAAGAAGAAGGAGAAGAAGAAGAAGAAGAAGCUUAGCAUGGGAAUAGCUGUAUUUCAGAGAAGACGAAGAAGCAGGAGACUCUGGAUUUCAGGCGAACCUCCUACGUUCUACCACUCUUCACUUAAUUACUACUUAAUCUAAACAAAAACCAGUUCCCCUUAUCCUCUUUUCUCCUUUUUUUUUUUUUUUUUCUCUCUCAGAACUCAAUUCAAUACCUCUUCCAUAUUCAGGAAUUCCAGUACAGAAAAAGGAAAAUGGAUACGACGUCGUCUAUAAGAUCCGUCGAUCAGGCCGUCGAGGAGAUCAUGAGAAUUCACAGAUCGUUGCCGCCGAGACCAGGACUGGACGAGGUGGAGGCCGCUAAGGCAUUGAUUCUAAACGUGGACAAAGAAGACCAGUCCAGACUCGAAGCCAUUUCUAGGCAAACCAAAAGCCCUGAUGUACCAGAAGAGCUAUUUAUUAUCUUGCAAGAGAUGCAGAAGAAUUCGGUUUACUUCCAAAGCAGAGAGCAGAAGAGGGAGGCCUUGAAAUUGCUCGAUCUCGAAAAUAUUCACGCUCUAUUCGAUGAAUAUAUCCAGAGAGCUUCCAAAUGCUUGCCUCCUUCUUCUGCUUCUUCUCCUUCUAUUUCGUCUACUUAUGCUAAUGGCUCUGCUUCCACAGUUUCCAGUAGUGGUUUCUCUACAUCUAGUUUGGCGGCUUCUUCUAUUGGUAAAUCAUCUAUUACUGCAUCGCCGAACGUGUACUAUUCUGAGCAAAAUCCUAUGAGGACGACAGAAUUGUUUACCAGAGAUGAUAGCUAUGUGAAGAAAGCUAAGUCGUCAUUUUACUCUGAUGGAAUUAGUGGAGGAACUAAGCCUCAGAUAGUGGAUUCCACUCUAAAGACUACUGCAACUAAUUCAAGUCAAGAUGGUGAUAAGUUGAGUCUAAUAAAGCUUGCUAGUUUAAUUGAAGUCUCUGCCAAGAAAGGCACUCGAGAUCUCAAUCUCCAAAACAAGUUGAUGGAUCAGAUUGAAUGGCUACCUGACUCAAUUGGCAAGUUGUCAAACUUGGUUUCCUUGGACUUGUCAGAGAACAGGAUUGUCGCCCUGCCAGCCACUAUUGGAGGACUUUCUUCUUUGACAAAGUUGGAUUUGCAUUCCAACAGGAUUUCUGAACUCCCAGAAUCUAUUGGAGAUCUUCUUAGCCUAGUCUUUUUGGACCUCAGGGCUAACCAGUUAUCAUCUCUGCCUGCUACAUUUAGCAGAUUGGUACGCCUUCAGGAACUUGAUUUGAGCUCAAAUCGUCUAUCUUCACUUCCAGAAUCUAUUGGUUCACUCAUUAGCCUGAAGAAAUUAAACGUGGAGACGAAUGACAUUGAAGAAAUUCCACACACCAUUGGUCGCUGUUCUUCACUAACGGAGAUUCGUGCAGAUUAUAACAGGCUUAAGGCGCUCCCAGAAGCUGUAGGAAAGAUAGAAACCCUAGAGUUUCUGUCUGUCCGUUAUAAUAACAUCAAACAAUUACCUACAACUAUGUCAUCUCUAUUAAACCUGAAGGAGCUCGAUGUGAGUUUCAAUGAGCUUGAGUCAGUGCCUGAGAGCUUGUGUUUCGCUACCUCGCUUGUGAAGAUGAAUGUAGGAAACAAUUUUGCUGAUCUACAAUAUCUACCAAGGUCUAUUGGGAACCUUGAGAAUCUGGAAGAGUUGGACAUUAGCAAUAACCAGAUACGAGUCCUUCCAGACUCUUUCAGGAUGCUCACACGUCUACGUGUCCUACGUGCAGAAGAAAAUCCUUUAGAAGUGCCACCAAGACAUAUAGCUGAAAAAGGUGCCCAGGCAGUUGUUCAGUACAUGGCCGAACUUUUUGAGAAGAGGAAUGUUAAAACACAGCCUACAAAGCAGAAAAAGAGCUGGGCGCAGAUCUGCUUCUUUUCUUCAAAGUCUAACAAAAGGAAGCGCAAUAGCAUGGACUAUGUGAAAGCUUGAGUUGCAAGAAUUGUAAAACGAUACGUAACACGACUUUUACGUUGGGUUUUAGCAGUUGUAAAGGAGAGAGAUCUCAGUGCAACAGAAAAGAAAACAU